AUGACAGUUGUAAAUGAGGAGCCAACCUCAUUUGCCUGCAAAGCGACAGUGACGUUUGACGAAGAUGGAGUGGUUUGUCUGCGGACGCUGGGUUUGAGUGACGGAGCAGAGAUUUUGAUGGUGAUGGAGGUCAUAAAGAUUCCAGAGGCUGACAUGGUUUUGUCUAAGAGGGCUAUUAUACCUCCAGAGCUUUUCAGCGAAAUGGUCAAAUCGUGGACCAUAUCCAAUUCUUUAGAUCAGCAGUGUGACGAAGAGGAAUGGGAUAUUAUCUGGUAUGGCAUGGAUGUGUUCAUCCUGAUCACAGGGGUGGUGGCGAACGCCGCCCUGCUCUGGCUGUUUCUGAUGGAGAGGAAAUCACUGUCUGCCUCGAAGGUUCUAGGUUUGAAUCUUGCUGUGAUGGAUCUAAUCUUCCUGUCUACGGUGCCUCUUGGCUUAAUUCAGAUGGAUCCAUUGGACAUAAAAAACCAGUCAGUCGUUAUCAGGCCAAGUUUCAUUGCAUCUAAUCCAUUGGAAAAGGCAGCGAAGGUCUGCAGCAUCUUCAACCUGAUGGGCUGUCCCCUGCUGCUGACCUGCAUGUGUGUGGAGCGCUACCUGGCAGUGAUGAGGCCGGUGCUGUACCUGCAAGUGAGGAAGUGGGAGUACCGAGUGGACGUCAGCGCUGCGGUGUGGGCGAUCACCCUGGUCUUCGUUGUGGCUACAAUUCUUGUCCCUGAUGAAACCAUCAUCUUGUUACCUGUCUCCAUCAUCCUCUCCUGCCUCUUCAUCUUAAUGCUCGCCUGCCUCGGCAGCGUGAUCCGGUCACUGCAGCAGCAGAGCCCCGCCAUCACCACUAUUGGAAAAAAAGGAUGCACUGAGUCGACCCUAAAGAGACAGGCAGUGCUUAACGUGUUGAUUGUGGUGGUGCCAGCAGUGAUUUCAUACCUCCCAGUCCUGGUGAUGUCUCCCCUGGUCUUGAACCUAUUCUACAACAAUAUCAUUUUGGAUAGGGCCAUGUGUAAUGUCUUUGAAUUAUAUUAUUUGUUCCCCAGGCUUGGUGUGUUCAUAGGUCCUAUGUUCUACUUCUCCAAGGCAAGACAAAUGUGCUGCCUAAAUAGGACACAAGACAAAUGA